UCUAGGUAAUUACUUCGCUCCUUCCGACUCUCUUUUUAGCCUACUUUCACAGAACCAACACUCUCAGGCUUUCCAACCUUUUUCUAGGGCUUCUUCUCUUCCAAGCUUCCGAAAAAAAAAAACCCGGAUUAGGGUUUGUAUAAAAAUCCCAGUAGUCCUCACUCAAAAUCCGAUGGAAUCCGAUUCAUGGACCGCUCGUUUCACAUCCAAACGACACCAAUCUACACUCCAAUCGCGAUCUGAUCUGUACCUUGCUUUUGAAGAAAUGGACGGCGACGAUGAUUCAAGGGCGGAGUUUUCCUGUCCGUUCUGUUCGGAGGAUUUUGAUAUCGUCGGUCUGUGCUGUCAUAUCGACGAUGAGCAUCCUGUCGAGGCGAAAAGUGGGGUGUGCCCUGUUUGUGCGGUCAGGGUGGGGAUGGACAUGGUUGGACACAUAACCAUGCAGCAUGGACAGUUCUUCAAGAUGCAGCGUAGGAGGAGAUUUCGUAAAGGUUCAUCAGGGUCUCAUUCAACACUUUCUUUACUGAGAAAGGAGCUCCGAGAAGGACAUCUACAUUCUCUUCUUGGGGGGUCUUCAUGUGUAGUUCCUUCCAGCACAGCUCCAGAUCCGCUGUUGUCAUCCUUUAUUUACAAUUUGCCUAUGAUCGACACUUUGAAAGAUUUAGAAUCUCAUUCUACAGAUGAAGGAAGCUCCAGUAAGAAAAAUGUGGAUGAGAAAGUUGUAGAAAGCACUGAGCCGUCUCUAUCAGAAAAAGACCAGGAGGAGGAGGAGGAGAAGGGUAGAAAGUGUGAAUUCGUGCAGGAGCUUCUGCUGUCGACCUUCCUCGAUGACACUUUAUGAAGGUCAGCUCAUGGUGGGCAGCACCAAACCCAUCUAGGAGGACAGAUCUUUAGUGCCAACGCUGGGCAGGCAGGCCAUCUUGCGCUGGAUGCUGGAGAUCCCACGUUAUUCAUGUCCCAGAAAUGUUCUAUGGGAAGGUUAUGUAUGUAAUUGGGUAUUGUGAUAUAGUAGUAGUAGUAGUAGUAGAGAGAGAGAGAGAGAGAGAGAGAGAGAGAGCGGAAAGUCUUACAUUUUCCAAAAUGGUUAGUGGUAGUUAGGUAGGAACUGGCUUAUAUAAUAAAGCAUCUUCUGUUUGAUGCGGGGCUGUAGUUGUGCAUAGUGCAAGGGUUAAAGAAACUGUUCUAUUUGUUUUUUCUUUC